AUGUACAAGAAGAUAAACUUUAUACACAAUGAAAAGAUCAAGAAGAAGAUUUUAGAGAAUGAUAAGUAUGAACCACUGUUAGAUGAAAGUAAUAAUAGGUAUACAAUACUGCCAAUUCAAUUUCCAGAGAUUUGGGGGAUGUAUAAAAAGGCAUCUGCUGUCAUUUGGACUGUUGAAGAAAUUGACUUUACUAAAGAUGCUAAUGAUUUUGAAACUUUAAACGAGGAUGAGAAGUUUUUCAUUAAAACUGUGUUAGCUUUCUUUGCAGCCUCAGAUGGUAUUGUUAAUCAAAAUUUAUUAGAACGUUUUACUAAUGAAAUUCACAUGUUAGAAGUGAAGUCAUUUUAUAGUUUACAAUGUUCUAUUGAAAAUGUUCAUAAUGAGACAUACUCUAAGUUGAUAGAAACUCUUAUCAAGGAUGAUCGUGAGAGGGAUAUUUUAUUUAACGGUAUUGAACAUUAUCCUUCUAUUAAGAAAAAGGCUGAUUGGGCUCUUAAAUGGAUUCAUUCAAAUGAGAGUUUUGAUACUAGAAUGAUUGCAUUUGCUUGUGUUGAAGGUAUAUUCUUUUCAGGAUCUUUUGCUGCAAUAUUUUGGUUGAAAAAAAGAGGUAUUCUUCCUGCUCUUACAUUUUCUAAUGAACUUAUUUCAAGGGAUGAAGGUUUGCAUACUGAUUUUGCUUGU